GAGAAAGGGAGGGGAGUGUGUGUUAGCUGCACUGGAACAAUCCUCUCUAAUGAGCUGGUUUUCUGAGCGAGAGACGUCCACAGACAGAGGAGGCGGUGAGACGGAGACAGCAGGCAGAGGCAGGCUGUGCGUCAGCCGCUGCUCCGUAGCGAAACAUGGAGAUGAGCAGGAGAGGACAGAUCACAGCCUAACGGGAUCCUAUCCACGGAUGCUAUUUCAUCAAACUGGCAACCUGAAGGCAGCCCACGCAGAGGAUAAACCACUUAUGGACGCGCUGGAUUAAAGAUCUGCAGUCAGACUGAGAAACAGAGCAGGGAGGGAUAGAGUAGGAGAAAUUCGUCAAUUCACUUGUUUAUUUUCAUUGUGUGUGUACGUGUGUGUCCGCGCGGGAAGUGUGUGUGCCUGCCUGUAUAAGGUAGAAGACUGCAUUGCUGCUCUCCAGAUGAAAAAGGCAGCAAAGCUGAAUAUCUGAUGUGUUUUUUUUUUCUCCGUUUUUAAUCCCUCCCUCUCUUUGCAUGCAUGCAGCUCCGAGCACAGUGCAUGUGUGAGGGGGGCUGAGGGUGAAGAGAUGAUGGAGAAGUCCAAAGUGAGUCACUGAGUCUGACUUCAGAUGAUUUUUCUGUUUGUUAGAGAGAAUCAGGACUUCCUUUAUCUUGUCAUCGCAGCUCAGUUCGGGGCCUCGCGGCCGGUUUAUUCUUUUUGGGGUUUGGUGCUUCUUCGAGGCUGCCACCAGGGAAACUUCUCAGCUCUACGCCCCAGAGAGGUGGAGGCAUCAUCAGGUAGGAGGCGGCAGAAUAAGUGGGCCUAAGCUAAAGCAGGAGGGAGUAGGAGGAAGAGUCAGUGUCAUCGACUGUGUAGGCAGGCCGAUCGGAGGCCGGUGGAGCUGCCUGAUGCUUUCAGCUCCAGCUGAGGGAGGAUAAUGGCAGCUCUGGGCCCACUCGCCUCCUCUCUCACCUGCAUGAGCCACAGGGAAGCUGAGAAGUUCUAGCUAAAGCUGCUGGGAGCCCGCCAGGAGAAUGGUGUGAGCGGCAUCUCCUACCCUUCCCACCUAGCUGGGAGAUUUGUUCACCCUGUUCUCCAUCCUUGUUGAAAACAGUGGGGGACUAUCUGUGUGUGGGAGUUCUCUCCCUCCCUCUCCUGCCUCCUCACCCCUCACCCCUCACCUCUCCAACCUACAACCUCCACUCCAUGGGUAGCUUCUAGCACCAACCUGUCCUUCUCUCUCCUCCCUUUCCUUUCUUUUUCUUUUCUUUUUCUUUUUGUUGAGGCUUCAGGGAAAUUGCCAAGACCUGUUACAUGCAUGUCCACUGGCGGCAGGUUCAACUUUGACGAUGGGGGGUCAUACUGCGGCGGGUGGGAGGAGGGCAAGGCACAUGGCUACGGGAUCUGCACGGGACCCAAAGGCCAGGGCGAGUACUGUGGCUCCUGGGCCCAUGGAUUUGAACUGUUGGGCGUCUACACCUGGCCCAGUGGGAAUACCUACCAGGGCACCUGGGCACAGGGCAAGAGACACGGUCUGGGUGUUGAGAACAAAGGCCGCUGGGUGUACAAAGGGGAGUGGACGCACGGCUUCAAGGGACGUUACGGCGUCCGGGAGAGCACGGGGACGAGCGGGAAAUAUGAGGGGACGUGGAACAACGGGCUGCAGGACGGAUAUGGAACAGAGACGUACUCAGAUGGAGGAACAUUCCAGGGCCAGUGGGUCGGCGGGAUGCGCCAUGGCUACGGAGUUCGUCAGAGCGUCCCGUAUGGGAUGGCGGCCGUCAUCCGCUCCCCUCUGCGUACCUCCAUAAACUCUCUCCGGUCAGGAUCCGAGCACAGCAACGGUACAGCUCUGCUGGACCGGACAGGAGCGCUGGUUCCUGGUCCCACCACGGGUCCGGGGACACUGACCACCAGCGUUUCUGUGUGCAGCACCGGCAGCAGUGGCAGCAGCCCCGCGGUGUCCCGAGGAGGGUUCGUCCUGACGGCGCACAGCGAGGCUGAGCUGCUGAAGGGCAAGAGGAAGGGCGGCCUCUUUCGACGGUCCAUCCUGUCGGGACUCAAGCUGAGAAAGUCGGAGUCCAGGAGCUCCCUGGCCUCGCAGAGGUCUAAACAAAGCUCGUUCAGGAGCGAGGCCGGGAUGAGCACGGUGUCCUCAGCUGCGUCAGACAUCAACUCUACCAUCAGCCUCGGGGACGCCGAUGCCGAGUUGGCUGUCGCUGACGACGAUGUGGACGCCACGGCAACAGAGACCUACUGCGGGGAGUGGAAGAAUGACAAGAGGACUGGGUUUGGCAUGAGCCGGCGGUCCGACGGGCUGCAGUACGAGGGGGAGUGGCUUAGCAACAAGCGCCACGGCUAUGGCUGUACCACGUUCCCUGACGGCACAAAGGAGGAAGGGAAGUACAAGCAGAACAUCCUGGUGAGCGGGAAAAGGAAGAACCUUAUCCCUCUCCGGGCCAGUAAGAUCCGGGAGAAGGUGGACCGAGCCGUGGAGGGGGCGCAGAAGGCGGCAGACAUCGCCCGACAGAAGGCCGAGAUCGCCCUGUCCAGGACAGCUCACGCUCAGGGGAAAUCCGAGGCGGCGGUGGGAGCCGCCCAGAAAGCUCAGGAGGAGAGUCGGAUGGCCAGAGUCACGAAUGGAGGUGCAGCGGCCGAAGCGUCAGGUGUCCAGUGAGGCGGAAGGUGAAGGCUUGUCUAGUAGUGCUGGAACAGCAGAAAGCCCAGAUCUCUACACGAAGAGCGUUGGUUCUGAUGACCCCUCUAACGCCACACCAGACCUGAGCCCGCCCUCCUCCUCGCCUCCUCACACGCCACCUCCCCCUGCCAGGCCAUCCCAGCGCAGCAAAAGUGCCAGAUUCCACCGACAGAGCGCCGUGGACCACAGCGACAGGGGAAAGGAUGGGGGAGAGAAGGGAGAGAAAGGUGGAGGAGGCGGAGAAGCUGAGAUCCAGGUGUUGAUGGAAGGAGGAGGUGAAGGGGGAGUAAAGGGGGAGUAUCCGCGGGCCAACAGCUGGAGUGAAGACAAGAGGAGAGGAGUUUUGUCAAAAGGAGGAAGUGGAGUUAGUGGGCGAGAGGCGAGCCGGACCAACGGACACAAACACAGCUCCUCCAAUCACAAAUCGAGGGAGCACGGCUCGUCCAAUCACAGACAACCUAGAGGGGACAGGUGGGUGGAGUCCGGGCACAGGGGCGUGCACGGCAGGGGAGGUCGGCUGCUGGAGCAGGACGAGGAGAAAAUUAGCAACUAUGAGAUGGAGAUGAAGCCUUUACAGCCCAGAGACUCCACUACCCACAAGCCCCAUGGGCACGGAGAGGAGAGGUCCGGGCACGCUCACGGCGAGGGGCGCUCGCACGGCGGGCAGCGACAGAGACAUAAGAACCGGGCCGGGACAGAGGGGGGGAAAGACACGGUGCACACACGGGACAGGUCGGGGGAGAAAAUGGAUUCACGUCCUCUACGGCGGGACCUCACCCUGUCCCCGCCUCUGAGGUCAACCCCCAUCACCCCAGACCGGCAGGACCUCAGCCUCACGCCGAGCAAGGCCAAUUCGGUCUACAACUCUAUCCUGGUCGUCAUGGUGAUCCUGCUCAACAUUGGAGUGGCUAUUUUGUUUAUCCAUUUUUUUAUUUGAAGAGAGCGCUGCUUUCAGAGUCACCCAACCUAUGCUAGACAAAAACCACCAGUAUUACAGCGAACCUGCUCCCCCUGCGAGCUCCAGGCCGAGGGACGACCAGGACCGCUGAAGGCUGCGCCAUCGUUCAUGCUGAAGGGGGCCGAGCCGGGCCGAGCUCGGUCCAGCCAUUGGCGGAGGGCGCUGAGCCCAAAGAAAUGGAUGGAAGAUUGGUAAACAGUCGAAACAAAUGGACCAGAGGAGAUUACCGAGUCCAGACAGUGGACUCGGGUGAGCUUUACCCACUCACAACCAGACUCAAGUGGGCUGAACUGGUCUGACUCUCGGGUUGACCAGCCCGCAGACUGGACUGACAAACGUUUUCAUUGUCAAAUCAUAGUUUUCAACAGAUUUGUAACAUCUAAUUUAUGAAUGGUUAUUUCUCUCAUGUGCAAUAUGUUGAUGGUUCUGUUUUUGUCACUUUCCACUCUUUGUAAAACUCCUGCCUUUAAGUUGGUCCACGGGCCUCGGCGUCGUUGGGUCACUGUGUGUGUGUGUGUGUGUGUGUGUGUGUGUGUGUGUGUGUGUGUGUGUGUGUGUGUGCGUGCGUGCGUGUGCGUGCGUGCGUGUGUGUGAUCUUCAGGUAGGUCAGUGGUCGUCUCAGCCACUUAUUAAAUCAUCAGAACAUUUCCCAG